AUGAAACCCGCCUUUCUGUUGGCCGUCCUAGCGACAGCCACCACAGCGCCAACCUGGACCCAGAUCAUCUGGCACGACAUUCAAGCUGCGACCAGCUGCACUGCCUGCGAGACGCUGCUCAAAUCACUCCAACGAGUAUCUCAACUCGGUCCAUCGACCCUCCAGACCAUCCUCACCGAAGUAUGCAUUUUAAGCAAGAUCCUCGACGCCGACUUCUGCACCGGACUCGUAGCCUCCCAAGUCCCCAGCGCAUACUAUGUGCUUCGUCAACUGUCCAUUCCGUCAGACACCGCGCAAACCUUUUGUGCCAGCGUGUUGGAUUUGUGUCCGUAUCCGCCGAUUCCUCCUAUCAACCUGACCUUCCCUCCUCCACCAUAUUCUCCUAUCACCACGACCACUACCACUCAAGAUAAUAAAAAAGAUAACAAUAUAACCCUCCGAAUCGCCCACAUCACCGACACCCACGUCGACCUCCAAUACACCCCCGGCACAAGCACCCACUGCCGCAAGCCCAUCUGCUGCCGCCAAUACCACGCCUACGAUGCCCCAGGCCGGUCCAAAACCCCAUGCUCAACCUGGGGGAGUCCGCACUGCGAUCCGCCAUUAAAACUACUAGACAACAUGCUCUCCAUACUACAAUCACAAAAACCAAACCUAACCCUCUACACAGGCGACAUCGUCCCCCACGACAUCUGGAACACAAGCCAGCAAUCCGUACUAGCUAACUUCAACGCGACCAACUCCGCCCUCCACACCCUACUAAACAACAACAACAACACCAACACCAACAACAACCCAAUCUAUUCCGCCAUCGGAAACCACGACACCCACCCCGUAAACAUCUUCCCAGGGAGUCUCAACAUCCCAAAAGAACUAGUAGAUGUAGAAUGGACCUACACCGCACUAACCACCCACUGGAGAACACUCCAAAACAACCCUACUUUAAUCACUACCAGAUUCGGCGCAUACGCAACAACAUAUACCCUCCCACCCACACACGAAGAAGACCCAACCCCAAACCCGAAAAUAAAAAUAAUCUCCUACAACAGCAACCUCUACUACCGUCUCAACCUCCUCCUCUACACCUCCCCCAUGCCAAUUGACCCCAUGGCCCAGUUCACAUGGCUUAUCAGCGAACUCCACACCGCGGAACAAGAGGGGGUUAAAGUCCUCCUGAUAACGCAUAUCCCUAUCUCGAGUAAAGAGACGUUACCUGCGUAUGCUGAUACCUUACGGAGGAUACUCUAUAGGUAUAGGGAUACGGUCGUGGGUGUGUUCUGUGGACAUGGACAUGUUGAUACGUUUGGGGUGUUUUAUCGUUCUCAUUUGGCUAGGGGUAUUUACUCUAGGAAAGGUAGUGGUAGUGAUAGUGAUAGCGUGGAGAUGAUGGCGCCGGCGAUGACGCCUACGUCGGGGUAUUCUGCUUCUAGGGUAUAUGACGUACAAUUUAGUGAUGACGGGUGGAAGGUAUUGGAUUUUGAGGAGUAUAUUGCGAGAUACCCUCAGCAUAGUCUUCAAGAGGAUAAAGGGGAGCCGGUAUGGGUUAGGUAUUACUCUGCUAUGGAAGCUUACGGGAAGUAUGUCUAUCCUGAUGGGGCUGGUACCGGUACUAAUGGCAUUGGUGCUGGUGGCGGUGCUCACAUUGGACCGCACUUCUGGGCGAAGCUGACGGAUGUUAUGGAGACGGAUUGGAAUGUGUUUAAUGAGUAUUGGGCGAGACGGACUAGGGGGUACGAUGUCUUAGUUUGUGGGAGGGGGUGUCGGGAGAAGGAGAUUUGUCGGCUGAGAGGACAGGAUUGUCAGUCUAAAAGGGGGGAUGACGGUACUAAGAAUAAGGGUAUGGGAAUGGAAAGAAGCGCUCUGGCAAGUUGGCUAAGACAGGUUCAACAGUCUUGUUCUUCUGUUUCUUAA